CUUGACCCAGACGGAUUGCGCCCAUACGACUGACUACACUUUGCCAUUCAUCAUUGUACCACGUAUUUUGUCUGCGCACUCAUUCACCAAGUCAACCUCAUUCACCAUCGCGAGGGUCUUUUUCCGCGCAUCUUCAUUCAUCUCUCCUCUCACUUCUUGCUUCGUUUCUCACCCUGGCCCAUAAUUUUAAUUUCCUUCUCCGCCUGUCCGUUUGGUUCGACGACGCAACAGUCACUUCCCGCGAAAGACGUUUCUCUACCUAAUUGAUUCGGAGGACCUGAAUAUGGGUAGUGAAUAGGAGCUUGUGUGAGAGGACACAGGAAAAGACAGAAGCAGCUUAGACACGACGCGCAUCCUCUGCAAUGAGCACAAUGUCCUGGCGAACAAAGUCAUAACGCGAUCUCAAUCAUGCAACAAAACCACCAUCCGUAUGGGCAACACCCCAUGCCUAUGCAGCCUCCUCAGAGACGGCAUGAUGGCUCAUACCCGUCUCCCCUGAGGCCUCAUCCAGGCUAUCAGCCUUUCUAUCCUCAGCAGCUGGGUCCGAUGAUGCCUCAAUAUUCCCAGCAUUACGCGCCAAAUUGGUACGGAUAUCAACAACAUCAUAUGCACCCCAUGCAUGGUCAGCGACCUCCAUAUUACCCUCAGCAGCCUAUGCCGCCGCCGCAGUAUGCUCCUCACCAUGGGCCGAUGAUUGUGCCUUCACAGCCUCACGCCCACUCCUCGCCGCGUUUGCCUCAGGGUCCAUCAUCUAUUCCUCCCCAAGCUUCCAGCUCAGCUUCCACCACCUCUACCACUCUCGUACAAACACCUCCUUCUCCACCUCUGAGCACCACAAGCACUGUGAAUACCAAGAAAGAGGGAGUGUCGCCCUCAAUCUCCCCGGCCCCCCAACAAAGGGUACAAAGUCCGUUGGCAGAGAUCCCACAUGAACCAUUUGAACCACCAAUUCCUUGGCUAUCAGUCCAAGAUCAAGCGUUCCCCCCUCGUGCUCCCCGUCAAAGACGCCGCAUUCUUCGGUCGAAGCUAGGGACCUCACCAGUGGUUUACCCUGCUCCGGAGCCUGUCGCAGCGUCUCCCACAGAGACUGAAGAAGUGCGGGAGGAGGUAGAACCAGGUGAAAUACCGUCGACAGAGCCAACCACGUCAGAGGUGUCAACACCCUUGCCGUCAGAUACCCCCUCCGACGCUGUCUCAACGCAGCCAAGCUCCAUUGCUUCCGCAGCCGGCGCGACAUCUGCAAAAUCCCAACAGACACCCACACAACCAAAAGCCCGUCUAGCAGGACCGGUUCUGCCUGCGGUACCCCUUCUCCCUCCUAGUCCAACUGCUGCACGGAGAUCACAUAGAGACUCGAUUGCCUCGACCCAGACAAAGCUCUCGGACCCAGCACCCUCAUCAGCAGAGAAGGAGGAAGUGACAGCUGUGGUCGAGAGUUCAGAUGACAAGCAGGCCACCGCUGAGGGGACCUCUCCUGUCGCCUCUGCCCCGCCAGCACCGAAAUCAUGGGCGAACCUCUUCCGAUCCAACAACACACAGGCUGGAUCUUUCGCGUCGGCUAUUUCUCAACCUUCAGCCGUUGGCUCCGGAAUCGGGAGAAGCGAGGCUCUGUCCGAUGUGCUCAACGACAUGAAUUCCGGCAUUGAACCUCCGAUAAAGAUAUCUUUCUUGAAGCCACGUGGGCUUGUGAACACUGGCAAUAUGUGCUACAUGAACUCUGUUUUGCAAGUCCUCGUCUUUUGCCUGCCUUUCUACGACUUUCUGGCCAAGGUGGCCCAGAGAGCCCGCCAUGCCUUCAAAAGUGACACUCCCUUAAUUGAUGCCAUUGUUAUGUUUGUGCAAGAAUAUCCUGUAAUUUGUUCCGCCAAGAAUGUCGAGCAGCUCCGUCUUCAGCUCAAACCAGAUGAUUAUGAAAACUACGGCGAUUCCUUUAUUCCAGAAUAUGUCUACUCAGCGAUCAAAGAUCUACCACGCUUCCGAGAAAUGCGAAGAGGUCAUCAGCAAGACGCCCAAGAAUUUCUUGGAUUUCUGUUGGAAGAAUUACACGAAGAAUGUGCGCGAGCCAUGAAGACGGGCCCUAGCUCCAACUCAGGCAGGACAACCCCGGCCGGAAGCGUUUCCAACUUUUCUGAACAGCCGGAUGCAGAGGCUGGCUGGAUGGAAGUCGGCCAUAAGCAGAAACCUUCUGUGACCCGAUCGUCGGGAUCAAUCUCGACCGAGUCGCCUAUCAACAAUAUCUUUGGCGGCAAACUUCGUUCAGAGCUCAAAAUUUCAGGAAACAAAUUAUCCGUGACCCUGGAGCCUUACUCACCUCUGCAACUAGACAUUGGCUCGCCUCAGGUGCACAAUAUCAUUGAUGCUUUGAAAGGCCUAACACGGCCAGAAAGUAUGCAGGGUGACUUCUUCACCACACGAGGACAGAAAGCCACUGCAACCAAACAGGUCUUUAUCGACACCCUACCUCCUUUGUUGAUCCUUCAUCUCAAGAGGUUUCACUAUGACAAUACUACCAAACGUGCUGAAAAGAUCUGGAAGAAGGUCGGCUAUCCUCUCGAGCUCGAGAUUCCCAAGGAGGCUUUCCCAAUGCAAGCUCGCAACAAGUACAUUGCGCAUGGAGGAUUACCCAAGUAUCAAUUGACAGGAGUCAUUUACCACCACGGAAAGAACGCUAAUGGCGGUCACUAUACCGUGGACAUUCGUCGUCAAGACGGUCGUGAAUGGAUCCGUAUGGACGAUACCUUGCUUCGACGUAUCCGGGCGGAAGAUGUCGCUGAAGGUGGAAGUGAAGAGGAUCCGAAGGUCUUGGCCGCUGCUCUGGAACGACACAAAGCCAGUGGAAACAGAUUCGAGCAGAUUGAUCAGGACGAGGAUGAUGAAGAUGGGCCUGACAAAGUUUGGAGUCAAGUCAACGGUCACUCAAGGUCGAAAUCGACAUUGAGCAGUGUCGUGAAUGGCACAGCAACCCCAGCGAAGGAUUCUUCGGGAAAGCAGACCCCGAACCCGAAGCAAGGGAUCAAGGACAACAAGGUCGCUUAUCUCUUGUUCUACCAGCGCAUUGGCAAUUAAUAUUUGGGCUGGUCACAAAAGCCGUUCAUUGGUGCUUGAAAACCGUGUCGCUCUUUUUACACUCUCUGUGCUUCCUUGUUCCAGUGAUUCGAUGAGAGGCCCCCUACCCUUUUCCUUUCUCUUGAGAAAGGGUACCCCAACAAAGGUAGUAUCAGAAGAGAAGCAUAUUUACGUCUUUAUAUUUUGUAGAUAACACACCAAAAAGGUCAACAUUUCAGCGAAAGGUGUAUGCCCCCCCAAAAAACGUUGACGACAGUUGAUGGUCAGAGGGGGUUAGUGAGUGGGGAGGUGGUGUUGGAUGGGGAGGGGAAGUGAGUCAGUGAGGAUGAGGAUGAUGAUGAUGAUGAUGAAGAAGAAGAAGAAGAAGAAGAAGAAG